AUGCCUCGGGAGGAUAAAGAACAAGAAGAAGAGCAAAAAGCUCGAUCAGCUUAUGAUUUGAUACGAAUGCGAUUACAAAGAUUGCAAAACAAUAUCGAAAAACCAGUAUCCAUACCUCAAAGACGAGACGGUCGAAAACCGCGACCACCUCCUGACUUUGUCCGUAAUGUAGUCGGUUCUUCAGCUGCAGCGGGAAGUGCAGAAUUUCACAUAUUCAGAAAUAAUAGAAAGCGUGAAAUGGACAGGUUGGAUUAUAUGAAUCAAAAAGCCUUACAAGAAGAAUUAGAUGCGAAUUAUUUAGCUCAAAGAGCUAAACGAAUUGAAGACGAGGAAAAAAGGACAGCUAAAAAACGUCUGAAAAGGUUCGAAAAAUUUUAA